AUCAUGUUACCAUGAGAUUUGAUGCUCAAAAUUUACUACUGGACAUAUUCAUCAAUGGUACAACAUUACCUAUUACUGGACCUGAAGCUUCAUUAACAGAUGCCAACCUGCCAGCCUGGGCUGCUGAUACAGUGAUGAAUCUAGGUUAUGAUAACAAUACAUAUUUUAUUGGUAUGAUGGAUGAGGUUCGUAUAUGGGCAUUGGCGUUAUUAGAUUCUGAGAUCGAUGAACAUAUGCAGUUAGCAGGACUUGAAAGACAAAGACACAAAAAGUUACUUGAAACGCAUUAUAAUAUGGACUCAGAAAGUGAAGGAGCUACAGUGUUGUUAGACAGUGGUUUGUAUGGACAUGAUGGCACCAUAGAAGGCAAUGCUGUAUUUGUAGCAAGUAGUUUAGACCAAGGAAGAUUUCAAGUUACAUACACAGAUGCCAAACGACGACGUAAACGAAGUAUUACUUAUGACCACUCAGAACUUUAAUUUGUUCCGUGAACUAAAAAAAAAAUUCACCAUGGUGAGGCAGUGCUGGGUUGUAAACAGUCACAGUUAUUUACAAUUUCAUCCUUGUGCCAAAAGAGAUAUCUACAAAAUAGUUUCAGGCUCUCUGGUUGCUUAGUUAUCAUGCACUUGAAUUAACC